CGACAACAUACCGCAGAUCUUUCAGGAUAUAGGCAUAUUUUUUGUGGAAAGGUAACCAUUGACGAAGCUUCAAGAAAAUAAAAUUGAAAAUAUGUCAAGUUUAUGAAGAAGGCUUUAUAAGGUAAAGGAAAAACAAUGUAUGGAUUUAUCAACACGUGUCUGAAGUCCCUUGUGAUAGAAAAGUUUGGAGAGGACACUUGGGACAAACUCAGGAAUGAGGCUGGUGUUCAGGACACCUUCAUGACGUAUGAGGUGUACAAGGAUGACAUAACGAUGAAAUUAGUCUCUGAGGCCUGCAAACUACUUGAUGUGAAAGCAGACAUUGUGCUGAGACAAUUUGGCGAGUACUUCUUUGAGUUCUGUAAGAGGUCUGGAUAUGACCAUAUGUUGCGGACCCUGGGAGGGAACCUUUUUGACUUCAUUGAGAAUUUGGAUGCUCUCCACGGCUACCUGUCCCUCUCCUACAAGGAGAUGAAUGCACCAUCAUUUCGAGUGGAAAAGAACAAAGAUGGCUCUAUGCUUCUGCAUUACUACUCUGACCGUAGGGGCCUUUGCCACAUUGUCCCUGGUAUAAUUGGGGCAGUGGCGAGAGAUUUUUUCAACAGCACAAUAACAAUGGAGAUAGUGGACCAGACGGAGGAGGCGGACAGGACAGCUAAAAAGGAGCAUGUAGUCUUCCUCGUCACGCAGAGAGUGGCAGUGCCCGAGAGACGUGGCGUAGAUGAUGCCCCCUUGCCCACUACCCAACACCUAGCCGAAACCCUCACACGCGAAGCCACAUACUUGGGGAAAGAGAAGAAGCAUCAGACUCUUUGCCCCUUCAGGAGGAACCACUGGGAGAUGGUCAGAGGUUUAGUGCGUCUUGGAAAAGGGAAACUCCUGAGAGGUUUUGAGCCAGUGUAUCCUGACCAGCUCUGCAUUGACCUGAAGGCGUUCUGCAGUGCCUUCCCUUUCCACAUAGUGUUUGAUGAGGAGCUGGAGGUGAGGCAGGCUGGCGUGACCAUCCAGAGGAUCGUCCCGGGCCUGCAGACCAUGGGCAUCCGACUGGACCUCUACUUCCGCAUCGUCCACCCAGGGGUUCCCUUCACCAUCCCCAGCAUCCGCACGUUCAUCAACAGCCACUUUGUACUGCAGACGCGCAGGGACAUGAUGCCAGAGUGCUGGACGAACAGACCAAUGCUGGAGCUUAGAGGCCAGAUGCUGUGGAUGCCGUCACUGCAGUGCAUGCUGUACCUGGCCUCGCCGCUGCUGCGUAGCCUGCAGGAGCUGGAGGAGCGCAGCAUGCACCUGUCGGACAUCGCGCCGCACGACGCCACGCGCGACCUCAUCCUGCUCAACCAGCAGCGCCUGGCCGAGAUGGAGCUGUCCAGCCAGCUGGAGCGCAAGAAGGAGCAGCUGCGCCUCCUCUCGCAGCACCUGGAGGAGGAGCGCCGCAAGACAGAGGCGCUGCUCUACGCCAUGCUGCCCAAACACGUGGCCAACCAGCUCAAGGAGGGCAACAGAGUGGAGGCAGGUGAAUUUAAAGAGUGCACCAUCCUCUUCAGCGACGUGGUCACCUUCACCAACAUCUGCUCCGAGUGUGAGCCCAUUCAGAUCGUCCACAUGCUCAACUCCAUGUACCUCAAGUUCGACCGGCUCACCACAGUACACAACGUUUACAAGGUGGAGACGAUUGGAGAUGCUUACAUGGUGGUUGGCGGCGUCCCCAUCCCUGCCUCCACCCAUGCAGAGCAGGUGGCCAACUUCGCCCUGGGCAUGGUCAUAGCAGCUAAGUGUGUCACCAACCCCAUCACCGGACAGCCCAUCCAGAUCCGGGUGGGGUUGCACAGCGGUCCCGUGCUGGCGGGGGUGGUGGGGGAGAAGAUGCCCCGUUACUGCCUGUUUGGGGACACCGUCAACACCGCCUCACGCAUGGAGAGCCACGGACUGCCAGACAAGAUACACCUGAGCCCCACAGUAUACCAGGCUCUGAGGCAUAAGGGCUUUGAGACCCAGGAGCGGGGGGAGAUCGAGGUCAAGGGGAAGGGGAGGAUGCGCACCUACUUCCUGGAGAGGAACCUCACGGCCACCGAGGGUCAGAUCAUGGGCCGCCGCCGCACCACCACUGAGACCAACACAGUCCCUCAGAGGCAGUGGAUUGACGACUGCCAGACAGCUGUGCCCAUGCAGUAUGGAGAGAGCCCUGCUGAGACACAGACUCCUCAGGACAAGGAGGCAGCACCCAGAGAGAAGAGCCUCUCAGGUAAGACGCGGGACUCUGAGAGCUACGGCAGCCUGCACAGCGAGGGUCUCUCUGAGGACCAGAGUCCAGCGCAGGCGGCAGAGGACAAGAUGAGCCGGUCCCCCUCAGCACGGGUCGAGCCCACACAGCCAACCCGCUCAGCGACCCACCGGAACCGGAGAGGCCCUCGAACUGCCUUCUGCACCCUGCUGUGAACAAUCCGGGCCAUUUGGCAGCCGUGGGCGCCAGAGCUGCCAGAACAGGAGACUGGAGACUGGAGAGGCCACUCGGGGUCACCUCUAACAUGGCUUCUCUCCGUGAAACAGAAGCUGACGAGGCUACACUCAGAGGAGACAGGACUCCAGAUCACCCCGAGAUUAGAGACAGAUCCACCCUACAGCCCGCCGCACCUCACAGCUGACGUCUCCGAUGGGAUUUGGGAUCAGUUUGAUGUUUUGGAAGUUCAUCACAUGGCUGAUUUCCGUUACAAAAAAGAGCUAAAGGAAUCUUACAGUAUUUUGAGACAAGACAUUAUAGUAAUCUUACAGCAAUGCUAUAUAUUAUAGUAAUCAUAUCAGUAGUAUAUUGGGACAUGUUGGAACAGUACAAUAACACUGCAUACUAUAGAGGAUAACGAUAUUAUAGAGGUAUUACUGAACAUCAUAGAAGUAUACCAAAGAAAUACUACAAAUCUUUGUAGUACUAUGUAGCAUUGCUGUUGUUCUUUUCCAUCACUGUAAAUGUC